AUGAAAGAUGCUCUUCAAUUGCUCGAUUUACCUGAUGAGUUGAUAUUAAUGAUUAUGAAAAAAGUAAAUCCUCAAGUGCUGUUUCUUUGUUCUAUGAUUGACAUUGGUAAUCAUCGUUUGGAACAGCUUGCAUUUGAUAGAUGUCAUUCAGUUGACUUGUCCUUCGAUUUUUAUCAGGCACCACAUCAAUCGCUUAUGAAACAAUUUUAUUCUCAUCUUAUGCCUCGUAUCAGCCAUAAUAUUCGAUCAUUAACAAUCCUUCUUAAACACAUUUCGUCGAUUCGAACUUUUGUUGAAGAUAAUUGCGAUGGUGCUCUUCCAAAUUUGACACACUUAAAAAUUCUAUUGGGAGCUAAUCGUGCUAAAACAGGCAUACCUUAUACAAUAGGAUGCUCCCAAAUGUUUUGGUUUGAAAAGCGCUGCAAACCUCUCUUCUCAUUUGUACCUCAAUAUUUUGUGUUACCUGACUACAGUUAUGGAAAAGAAGUAGCUACCUUGUGUCGUUCAUCACUUUUACGUUCUGUUCAAUCGUUCGAACUUGAUGAUAACUGUGUUUUAGCCAAAACACUUGGCGACGAUGAAUUACGCUUCCAUCAACUAACUCGAUUAACUCAUAUUCGUAUAUCUUUCUGGAAUUUUGAUGAAUGUAUCCAUUUACUAAAUCAGUUAGGUUCACAACUUCAUUCCUUCAUAGUGACUAUAGGACAAGUUUCGGACUACAAUCCAUAUGUACCGACGAAAAUCUUAUUAAUCUCGUGUCCUCAUUUAAAACAAAUGUCAAUAACAAUAUAUCAUAAUUUUAAUAACUAUGAACGAUGUCUUUCUCUUGUACAAUGUUUGUCAAAUAUUGAAUAUUUAACAUUAUUAUUAGCUAUAGGCAGAGGAAAUACUCAGCCUUCAUAUUUUAUUGAUGGAUUUUUCCUCGAGAGAAAUAUUCUUCCAUAUAUGCCUCAUUUACGUCAGUUUCACUAUCAUAUUCGUUCAAUCUUAAAAAAUGCUUCGCGUAUAACAAUUGAUAAAAUUCGUCAAAGUUUUGUAAAACAUGAACAACCGUUUGAUUGUGCAGUUGAUUAUUUUAAGAAUAAUUAUGGACAAUGUCAAAUCUAUUCACUGCCAUUUAUUGGUACUCGUCUGGAUUUUAUCUCAAAUCGAUUUCCGCUUUUGGAUAUUAACAACACGUUUUCAAAUGUUACGACCCUUCUACUUUUUGAUGAUAUCAAACCUUUUGAAAGGAUUUUCUUUGAACGUCUCGCUCGAGCUCUGCCUCGACUUAAAACACUCGAGAUAAUUAAUCAACUUGAACAACAAGAAAAAACAGCAGCAGCAUCGAUAAACUCUAAUAUUGACUUUACUCAUUUAGCUGUUCUUAUUUUAUAUGAUAUUCAUAUAAAUUAUGCUGAACAAAUUUUCUAUCAAUCUCAUCUUCCUGCUCUAAUUGAACUCGCUAUUGACAAGGAUAUAUUGUUAACAAUAAUCGAUCAAAAUCAACAACAAGCAAAAGACAAUUGUUCAAGAGUAAACAGACUACUAACAUCCAAACCAUCUUAUGAAUCGAGACAUGCUAUUCGAAACUUUUUUCCACUUGCUAUCUAUGUUAAACAUUUUGGUGAAUCAAAACAAUAA